AGUUCAGUGUAUCUUCAGUUGGAGAACGCGACGAUUCAUGACUUUAUCUUUCCUUAUCGGCCAGGUAAUCUGACACCUCGAUCACCUGACAUUUCCGGUACUAUACGACAAGUUAGUCAACAACCGUGAACUCCAAGAUGGCGGUUUCGCGGAAUGUGGUGUUCGGUGCCGCGUUUGCCGUGUGUUGUCUUCUUGCCACGUUGACUAUCAUGGCAAGUUAUACCUAUGUCAGCAAGGAGAAGGAACCGGGACCACGCUACAACAAACAUACGAGACACCUGUUACAGAAUCAGCUCAUCGCUCAGCCACUGGAGGCGCAGGUCGCAGACAGCCGGUGCAACUGUUCCCGUAGGAAGGCGCUCAUCUUCGCUAACGGCAUUCCGAAAGGGGAACAAGAGGAGGUGCUACAGAGGAAGAAACAAGAACUCCUGAAGUACAGAAAAAGAACGGAGUCCGCCUGGGAGACAUUACUGUUUGUGAACGGAUCUGCCCCACUCAGCUACCCAACCCAAGGUCUGGUCGUGGUUCCAGAGGGCACGAUAAACAUACCAGGUUUGGAGGUGGUGGACUACAGCGAAAGGGAAGACUACCAGGUCCAACUGAAUACGUCACAAUAUGGCGUUCUUGACGUCACAGAGACGCUACCAGAUGUACAGGUGGAAGGGCAGGGUACCACGUGUCUGAGCAUGCGCAGUAGUUCCCUAGACCUCCUAAACCAACAGCUCCAGACUGUGGUGUAUGUGAACACUGUGUACGACAUAGAUGCCAGAGACUUAGUCCACUUCAGUUACUUGGAUUUUAUGGCAACAUUUUCUGUCCGCAUUCGCGUCAGGAGGUCACCACGUCUUUAUGAUCCUGGGAAAGAUAACGACAUCAACAAAAAGGUGACUAUAAUCACCAAGACGUUCCUGAGGUACCCUUCCGUCAGAGCGCUGCUGAACAGUACCCGGGAGUUCUACCCCAAGAUGCGGGUAGUUGUCGCGGACGACAGCCGCCCUGUGGAAGACCUCCAGGCGGAAAACGUCGACCAUUACGUCAUGCCUUUUGGAGCGGGUUGGUUUGCUGGCAGGAAUCUCGCCUUGUCACAAGUGACCACGGCCUACUUCCUCUGGGUUGACGACGACUACGUGUUCACCAAGGACACGAAGUUGGAGAAUUUUGUGGAGGUUCUUGACAACACAAAUAUGGAUUUGGUAUCUGGUAGUGUUGGGAACAGGAAGCUGAUGUUCUCCAAACUGUCCAUCCUGCCCGGAGACGAACAUGGCGACUGUCUGUUCCAGGGCAGCGGACAUUACGGCACCGUCCCCGGCUACCCACACUGCUAUAUAACCCCGAAGGUCACCAACUUCUACAUGGGAAGAACGGACGCAGUUCGAGCUGUGGGGUUCGAUCCAACCUACUCUCGCUAUGGCCACACAGAGUUCUUUGUGGAUGCAAUGGGACGGUUACGGAUGGCGGCUUGUGAGGGUGUGCGGAUAGACCACAGGUCGGCACGAAACAAGGACUACAACAAGUUUCGUAGGGGAGGAGGCGUAUCCGGAAGCUAUGGGAAUAUCAUCAGGACGAGACAGUACUUUAAAGAUAACCUACACUGCUGGCUUAGAUAGAUCAUGAUAUGAUUUAGAGUAUACUUCCAUGUAAUAAACUAUAUAUAUAUGUGUGUGUGUGGAGGUAGAAAAAGAGUGUUUUCUACGUCUAUGAUCUGUGCAAUUGGGUUUUAUAAUCGGAGCUGAAUCUGUUGCCAUCUCGUUGCAUUAUUAUGCUUAU